ACCUGUGCGCCGAAGAUGAAAGUAGGCAGGGGAGGCAGAGGAGAGGAUGGAGCGCGUGAGCUUUGUUUGAUCUCCCUCGGCCAAUCGGAUUGCUGCGCUCGGUUGCCAAGGCUACCCUUGUGAGCAGAGAUGGAGAGAUCACGGAUCCCCAGCAGCAACUGCGCCUCGGGGUGUUGCAAAACAGAGCUCACCGGAGAGCCCCCCUGGCAUUACACCUAGCCACUCGGGAAGGAGGAAAAGGCUUCGGGACUUGUGUGUUGCAUACUUAAAAACUACACCCCCUGCUGACAGAGGCUUCAGAGGCACCGUCCUCCUUCGACGGUAACAAUGACCAGGUACUUGGAUGAAUCGGACAUCAUGAUGGUGGAGGAGGGCUUCACCACCAGGGAUCUUCUGGAGAACCUUCUCCUCGAGGUUGCCCAGACGGGUAACCGAGAGCCCUUUUUUGUGGCGGAUCUCGACGACGUGGUGAAGAAACACUUCCGCCUCCUCAAGGCCUUGCCGCGCAUCAAGCCUUUCUACGCCCUGAAGUGUAACCACAGCAAGGGAGUGCUUCAGAUGCUGGCAGGUCUGGGAGCUGGUUUUGGCUGUGUCAACAAGGCAGAGAUGGCAACGGUGAAGAGCAUUGGAGUCCCGCCAGACCGGAUCAUCUGCACCAGCCCUUGCAAGCAGAACUCCCUGAUCAGAUACGCAGCUAGCCAAGGGGUGCAGCUGAUGACCUUUGACAAUGAAGUGGAGCUCGAGAAGGCAGCACGCAGCCACCCGUCUGCCAGAAUGAUUGUGUGCCUGGCUACCGAUGACUCCAGGUCCUCCACCCGUCUGAGCAUGAAAUUUGGCGCCAGCCUUAAAACCUGCCGGCAUCUACUUGAGACUGCAAAAGAAAUUAAUGUUGAGGUUGUUGGCAUCAGCUUCCACAUUGGAAGCAGCUGUACCGACCCUCGGAUCUUCACUCAGUCCAUAGCAGAUGCUCGCCUGGUCUUUGAAAUGGGUGCAGAGCUGGGCUACAAGAUGCAUCUCCUGGACAUUGGAGGGGUUUUUCCUGGUCCCGAUGAGUCCAGAGGGCGCUUCGAAGAGACAGCAGCUGUGGUCAACUCUGCCUUGGACCUGUAUUUCCCAGAAGGCUGUGGGGUGGAGAUCAUUGCUGAACUCGGGCGCUACUAUGUGGACUCGGCCUUUACCUUAGCGGUCAACAUUGUUGCCAAGAAGGAGGUUCCCCUGGAUCAACCGGGCUCCGAUGAAGAAGACCCUGGUGGCAAGAAGAGUUUCAUCUACCAUAUUAACGAUGGCGUUUACAGCUCCUUCAGCUCGGUCAUCUUCAACAACGCUUGCCCCAACCCCAUCCUGCAUAAGAAACCCUCUCCAGAUCUCCCCGUGCACAACAGCAGCUUUUGGGGACCUACCGGGGAUGGGCUGGACCGGAUUGCAGAUGGGCUGGAGCUCCCUGAAUUGCAUGUGGGGGACUGGCUGAUCUUCGAGAACAUGGGGGCCCACACCGUGCCAGCUUGCUCUUCUCUCAGUGGAGCCCAGCAAGCCCAAAUCCACUACGCUAUGUCUAGAAUGGCCUGGGAAGCCGUCCAGUUCCUGAAGGGGAAACUGCUGCACCCCGAGGAGGAAGACCGGGAGAGCACAUGCGCUCCUCUGUCCUGUGGCUGGGAGAUCACAGACACCCUGUGCGUUGCCCCCGUCUUCGCUCCAGCAAGCAUCAUGUAAGCCAUGCCAGUUAUUUGCCACAGGGGCAAACCCUCCUCCCAACAGAGUCCUGCCACACCUUCUCUCUCUCUCUCUCCCAACUGCCUGCCAGCCUCCCACACUUUCUGCCCUAGAGUAGGAGCUGGUGUCUUUCUUUCCCCCCAUUGCUGUGUGGUUUUUAAGUAUGCAACAUAAAUCCUGUUCCUCCUAA